AUGACCGAACAGACACCGCUGACACCAGCCCAGACCGCUCCGUCCUCUGUGGAAGAGGGGCGUGUGGACCGCGAAGCGCUCCCCUCGGAGGAGGAGGAGGAGGAAGAGGAGGAGAAGGAGGAUGCCGCCGAGCGCAAGCUGAGAGCCGCCGCCAAGAGCCAGUCCCCCAAGAGGAGCACCGCGCGCACCAUGAAGGACAAGAAGAAGCAGACGCAGCUCACCCUGCAAUGGCUGGAAGAAAACUACAUUGUAUGCGAAGGAGUUUGUUUGCCACGAUGCAUCCUUUACGCACAUUAUUUAGACUUCUGCAGAAAAGAGAAAUUGGAACCUGCCUGUGCUGCAACUUUUGGGAAGACCAUUCGCCAGAAAUUCCCCCUCCUUACCACAAGGCGGCUUGGAACAAGAGGCCAUUCAAAGUAUCACUAUUAUGGAAUUGGGAUUAAAGAAAGUAGUGCAUACUACCACUCUGUGUAUUCUGGAAAAGGCUUAACCAGAUUCUCUGGAAGCAAGUUGAAGAAUGAGGGUGGCUUCACAAGAAAAUAUUCCCUGAGUUCCAAAACUGGAACUCUCCUUCCAGAGUUUCCAAGUGCUCAGCACCUUUUGCUUCAAGGGUGUAUUUCUAAAGAGAAGGUAGAUACCCUUAUCAUGAUGUACAAAACGCACUGUCAGUGUGUCCUUGACAAUGCAAUUAAUGGGAACUUUGAAGAGAUUCAGCAUUUCUUAUUACAUUUUUGGCAAGGAAUGCCCGACCAUCUUCUUCCCCUGCUUGAAAAUCCCAUCAUCGUAGACAUCUUCUGUGUUUGUGAUUCAAUACUGUAUAAGGUUCUUACAGAUGUCCUUAUUCCUGCAACAAUGCAAGAAAUGCCAGAAAGCUUACUGGCAGAUAUAAGAAAUUUUGCAAAAAACUGGGAACAAUGGGUUGUUUCCUCUCUGGAAAAUCUACCAGAAAUCCUGGCAGAUAAGAAGCUGCCUAUUGCACGAAGAUUUGUUUCUUCCUUGAAACGACAGACAUCAUUCUUACACCUAGCCCAGAUUGCCCGGCCAGCCCUUUUUGAUCAACAUGUGGUGAAUUCCAUGGUGUCUGAUAUUGAGAAGGUAGAUUUGAACAGCAUUGGCUCUCAGGCCCUCCUUGCAGUCUCGGGCAGCACAGACUCUGAUGGGGAGGUCUACACUGAAUAUGACUCUAUUACAGUGUUCCAAGAACUGAAGGACCUUCUAAAGAAGAAUGCCACUGUGGAAUCGUUUAUUGAAUGGUUGGAUACUGUGGUUGAGCAAAGGGUUAUCAAGGCAAGCAAGCAAAAUGGGAGGUCAUUAAAGAAGAGAGCUCAAGAUUUCCUUCUCAAAUGGAGUUUCUUUGGUGCUCGUGUGAUGCAUAAUCUCACCCUAAACAACGCAUCAAGUUUUGGUUCUUUUCAUUUGAUCCGCAUGCUACUAGAUGAGUACAUCCUGCUUGCCAUGGAGACCCAGUUCAACAAUGACAAAGAACAAGAACUGCAGAAUCUACUGGACAAAUACAUGAAGAAUUUAGAUGCAAGCAAAGCCACCUUCACUGCCUCACCAAGCUCUUGCUUCCUAGCAAAUCGUAACAAAGCUGCUUCUCUGUCCAGCGACACUUCAGUCAAAAAUGAGUGUUUAGCAGAGCAAACCUAUGUGGCCUUGUCAGCUAGUCAGCCUAGCAGUAUGCCUUCUGAUCUGAACCCCUUCUCCACAGAAGAUGGUGAGAAUAUGCAAUUGGCAGGUCAGAUGGAGCUCUCUCAAAGCACUGGCCACUUGAUGACCCCACCCAUUUCACCAGCCAUGGUCAGCCGAGGAAGUGUUAUCAACCAGGGGCCAAUGGCUGGGAGACCUCCAAGUGUAGGCCCGGUGUUAUCCACACAUUCACAGUGCUCUUCCUACUCAGAACCCCUUUAUCAGACUUUAUCACAAACUAAUCAGAAUUACUAUGGAACCAAUUCCAAUUAUCAAGCCAUGUUCAGAACUCAGGCCCAUUCCACUUCUGGAGUUUAUCACCACAGAGCAGAGCACAACCGAUUCAACACCUUGAAUGAACAGCAGUUCUCCAGAGACUACUUCAGCAACAGUUGUGCAGUGUCUCCAUACAAUGCCAGGUCCCCUUCCAGCUAUGGUUCUUCAUCCAUGACUCAGGAUACACACAAUAUGCAGUUUCUGAAUACUGGGAGCUUCAAUUUCUUGACCAACUCAGUGUCUUCUUGUCCAGGAGCAGCAUAUCCUUCUAAUGCUUCCAAUGGCUAUUAUGGAAACAGUGUAAAUUACCCAGAAUCUCACAGACUUGGAUCAAUGGUGGAUCAGCACGUUUCUGUGAUCAGCAGUGUAAGCAGCAUUCGAUCCCUGCCGUCAUAUAAUGAUAUUCACGAUCCACUUAAUAUCUUAGAUGAGAGUGGAAGAAAACAAACAGGCUCAUACUACACAGAAUCCUCAUCUUCGAUUGUUUGCCGGACUCCUAUACCUUCAAACAUGCAAACUACAACUUCAUCACAGUGUAUGUAUGGAACAUCUGGUCAGUUCCCUUCUCAGGAAAAUCUGGAGUCCCAUGGGCCACCAAGCAGAGACAUUGUAUCAUCCUUACCACCAAUCAAUACUGUCUUCAUGGGAGCGGCUGCUGGGGGAACUUGA